AUGCAUCACAAAAUGGUGAUUAUUAUUGGUCUUAUCAUCGUUGGUUUAACUGGAAUUCACUCCAAUGAUGAACUCAUGUGUAAUUGUUCGUGUUGCAUCGACAAACAAUGUAGAAAAAUAUCACAAAAUGAUUUUAGUGUAUCAACCUGUGGAUCAUGUCAAUCAAUAUGUCAAAGCAAGUUUUCAGCAGCAUGUACGAAAAUGUCUAGUACUGUUUCUUAUAAAUGUACUAAUGGCACUAUGGCAUCGCGACUAUUAAAUGAACCCGAUUGGAUUGGUGAAUUUCGAAUGACAGACGAUUGUGAUACAGAAUCAUGUUGUUGUUUGACUGAUCUCGUACAAUUUACGCGUGUAAAUGUCAAUAAUUUGCAUAUUCAAGGUCAAUUUUUUGGGCAAUGUCCAAGGGCUUCACUUACUAUUGAGGAUAUAUAUAUGAUGCCCAAUGACUUUUCUGCUAACUUUAAUUUUUUGAAUCGAUUGGUGUCAGCUAAACUUUCCAGUGAUAGUCGUACUAUAUCUUUUAUGGAAACAGAUAAUCUUGCUUGUCGUUACAAAGCAGUUCGAGAGAAUGCUGCAUCGAUGAUUGCAAUCAAUUGGAUGUUUUUCAUUCUUAUUUGUGGUAUAGUCAAUGUUAAAAACUAUAUCAUCUAA